AUGAAUGAUCAUUCUGAUUUUAAAGAAAAUACAACCACUCCUGAAAGGAAAAAACAAUUUGUUCAGUACUGGUUGGAAGGCAACUUGUUUAACUAUUACAAUAGCAAUGUAGAAAAAGCACAAAGUGUAUCUAGAUUGAACGAAAGAUGCCAAUCGUAUUCUGUACAGCUAAAUUCACCACCAAGAGUACAGAAUCCACAAGUUCCAUCAUGUACAACAGAAGUUUCACCUGUACUUGGAGGAAAAAGAUUGGCAUCACCAGUGAUUGGAGGUCACAGAAAAGUAUGGAAACGCAUAAAACUAGAGAAAGAAUUUACAACAAAUGAGACAAAGGAAGUUAAGCUUUCUGGCAUUAAGUUAGAGACGACAAGUGUAGCAGAGACAUGGGAAAAAUGCAAUAAAGAUGAUAUCAAGAAGUCAGAGUACAAAAUUGAAGUAGAUGAUUUUUUUCCUUCAGAGUCUUUAGAAAUAUUUAAUGAAAGCGAUGACAGUAGUCCAAAGUUACCCAAAACCACUGAACAUCCGACUUCCCAGCUCAUUGAGUCUGUAUCUAGUGCAGAUAAAAGUCACAAUCAUUCUCAAGUAGUUAAACAAGAAAUUCUCAGUGUAAGUGACAACACAGAAAGUGAUCUCAUAGAAGAAUUAAGUACACACUUGGUUUUGGAUACUUCUUGUCGUGACAGACAUGUGAUAUUAUCACAAAAUAUUUCAAGUCCAUCAUCUGAUUCAAUGGUUGAAGAAAAUUGUGUUGACACAAAUAAGAUAACUGCAACCAGCAUAAAACAGUCUCCUAUAGAGACUUUAACUUCUACGGAUCCCAUAGACUCAGUGAGCACAUUUGAAUCAAAACCAGAUUUUGGAAAAACAUCUUACAUUUUACACUAUGCUGAAGAGAAGCUAAAAAAAAAAAAAAUUCCUAAAAAGGGUAGUUUAUUAGAAGUAUUAACAACAGCUAUGGCCAAAGAAAGAUCAAGUGUCAAUUUACUGCGACAUCAGUUGCAAAAAAAAAUAAAUAUUGUUCCUGACAAAUCAUUUGUUCUUUUUCAAAUUAUAAAGCAUUUACCAAUGAACAAUGGCAAUCAGUAUUUCAAAUGUUCAGUGAUUAACGAUAAUAUGGGUGUUUUAAAUGGUUUACUACCAAGUAAAACCAAUCGUUUGAUAACAGUUAUGAAUGUGCCUGAAAUCUCAUCUCUGGUGAAUAUCAAUGAAAAACCUAUAUUAAAAGUUUAUGAACCUUUGAUCGUUUUAGAUCCUAAUCAAAUGUUGUUACAUAUUACAAAAUUCAUUGCUAUACCAUCGGAAGACUUGGAAAUUUUAAACCUCACUGACCAGAGCGCGCAAGGGAAUAAUUUAAAAAUGAUCAAGAAAUUCGAUUGUCCAUGUAUGGAUGAAAAAGUGCUCUCCCUUAAGUGUAAAUCAAAAUAUUCUGAUACUUCCAAUAAUAUAAUAAGAAUGUUAUUCGUUCACCACUAA